AUGCUCGAUGCCACCGCCACCUCCUCCUCGUCAGCCGCCACCACCUCCACGCCCCUAAAGGCCCUGAAAGGGGUCCAGGAGCCCGGGUUUUUUCCUGCUGCUGGCGCUCCAGCUUGGACUGACGAGGGUCUCGCCCAGUCGGGCCAGAUCAAGCCCGACGCUAAGGCCACCGGGAUGACCGGUAUGGUGGUGGGUUCGGGGGGAGCUACGGGGGCGUCGUCGAAAGGCGGGGUGUGCGGGCAGGCGGCGGCAGAGCCGAAGGAGGAGAGGAAGGAGGGUGGUGAGGUGAAGGGCCUCUUGGAGGAGGACCCCGAGGUGGAGGUAGGGGAUGGUUACGGAGCAGGACCAGCGGCAGGGUUCUCGAGGGCAGUGGCGGAACGGGAGGUCGAAUGUGACGGCAACAGCACCGUGGGGCUGCAGGGGGACAAAGGCGCUGGCUCUGACUCGAUGGUGCCUCGUGAAGCCGGAAAGUUGCUCAAGACGGAACGAGGCAAAUCCUGUCGCUCGGAUAGCAAAAGAACCAGGCAAGCAGAAUGGCACACUCCGAGAGAGAAAUAG